UAUUUAUUAAUUGAAAUAAAAUUCAUGCGCACUUCGCAUAAAAAUACACUAGAAAAAAUCUAGCAACAUCUUACUCUUCAUAGAGAACGUGACAUCUAUUAUUGACAGAUUAGAUUGGACAGACGAAGUGGACAGACGUAAUCUACGGGAUAAAAUAGUGGCGGAGCAAAAGAAAUUACGGAAUAGUCAGUGUUUGAGAAUAAAAAUAAAACAAAAUUGGAGAGUGUCGUCCGAUAGAGCAAAACAAUAAUUUUCGAGCAUAUUCUGCAAAAGAAAACGAAAGAUAAUCAGAAAAACAAACAAAUUUGCCAAGAAAAACUGCGAAAUAAACUUUGGUUUAAUUUUGUUUUAUUUAUAAAAUUUGUGUUAAUAAACUUUUAUCGUUUGACCACUGAGACGAGCUCUCUUUAAAUAAUUAUUAUGGAUAUACUGAAGAAAAUGUUCCAGCAAAACGAGGAAGAUGGAAAGGAAAGGGAUUCUCUGGCCAAAGAUGAAUUCCGUAAGCCUCAAUGGUUCGAAGAAGCUGAAACCGAUGAUGAGCUAUUUGACGAUGAUCGUAAAUUUGCUUUUCAAAUAUUCACCAAUCCCAUGGAACUGCAAAAGCAUUUUGAACGUCAAAUGCAGCAGAUAUUAGAGGCCGUAAGCGAAAUGGAAGGAGAUAAGGGUGUCGUUGUUGAGAAGAAUAUAAAGGAAAAUUACUUGAAACCCGGAUUUGAGAGUGAAAUUUUGAAGGAAUUUGAAAAUCAAAAAAAUUGUUAUUUUGAUACGGAUUUGGAUGGAGAGAUCUAUCCAGACCAGUUACAUUCUCUACUUCAAAGAUUUGCUAAUGGCGAGGGGGAAGUCAUAAAACAUCUAAAGGAUCCUGAAACUCCGGGGCAUAUUUUGCCACGCAAUGAUAAUAAAUCAUUUCGCAAUUGGAUGCACAAGCCGAAGUUAAGUGAUGAGGAAAUAAUCAUGGGGAAAAUUCAUGGAACCUUAGAUGAAGGUAACCAACAUAAACCUGCUCCUCCGCCCUCUAAUAUGAUGCCACGUCGCCCGGAUAUUAUGACCCCCAUGACGCCGAUGAUGCCGAGGGGAUCGUUUGGUGGUGGCGCCUUUGAAGGUGCCUAUCAUGGUCCUAAAAUGUUCAGUCAAAGUGUUAUGACUAAAACCAUACGCAAGCCAGAUGGAACGUAUGAAACUACAAAAAUUACCCAAGACUCCCAGGGUAAUAAAACAACAACUGUAACACGUACGGUAGAUGGUAAAACUGAAACAAAAACAACUCACGAUGGCAUUGGUGGCACCAAAAACGAGGUUAUGCUGCAAUCGCCUCAAGAAGCUCAAGUCUAUUCGGACCGCAAUGUGUAUGUAUCCAAAGAAGGAUAUGCCUUACCACGGAAUCUCUGGUGACCAGUGGUUGGCCAAUUGCAGAUAACUGAUAAUUUGCAAAAUACUACUACUAUUAUUAUUAUCAUCACAACUAAUAUGCAGCAGCAGCAGCAAAAAGAAACCUUGCGUAAAGCCCCUCUAUUUAUGGACACUUCAUUAGCUCUUAUUGUAGUUAUUAUUGUAGUAAUGAAGGCUUUAGCUUCUUCUAAAUCAACAGCCACAGCAACUAUUUAUUUAUCAACUACACCCGUCGUCGUCGUCGUCAUCGUCUCCAACGAUGUUUUAGUUUAUAGAUUACCACGUAUUUGGUGUUUUAGAUGAAGAAAAUCUUAUUGAGAAACACAGUAUGAAUUCAAAAGCCGUAGAAACUAAACGGACAUUUUACUGCUACUACUACUACUACUACAAUUUGUUACAAAAUAAUAAUGACUUUUUUCAGUUUAAAGGUGAAACAAAAUCAGUCAUUGUCGUUUUUGUUAAAAAUUGUAUUAAUAUUGUUUGAAGCGUCUCACAUAUCGAUCGAGAUACAUCGGUGAUGAUGCAUUGUACUUUGUGAUGGGAUGCCGCGCAUGCACCGCCCCAUCUUUUGUGCAGCAGCAAUCCAACAAGCAACCAACAACACUUGAGAUAACGAAGCAACAACGUAUGAACGAAUGCAAUAUGAACUGUAGAAGAUAUUUAUAUAUAUUUUUUCGAAUUACAAAAUACUCUACGUUCUCAUAUGAUUUGUAUAAUUUCUGUUAACCCCAAGACAGGUUUGAAUGGGUAUCUGAAUGAAAUCCCUCAUCCAGCAUAGUUCGGUUCGGAGAAGUGGAAAUGUUAAUGUAUUCAAAGAAGGCAGCAAAAGGAUGGAAAAUUAUUCCCAGAAGAUAGAACUUUGUGGCUUUUUACACAUUGACACACACACAUACAUAUAUGAUUUAUGUAGAACAGCAAACCAAAGUUUUGAUGUGUAUUUUAAUGUUAUCGUUUCUAAGAUUUCAAUCAUUGUAAGCGACAAAAACAAACAGCCAUUCUCAUGAAUAUCAGCUAAAGACAUUCACGCGCAUACAGUCAAUCAAUCGUCUGUCGUCUCAAUAACGAAACAAAACGCUCAUCUAAAAUACCAAAAACAAAAUCCAUUAUCAUUACUAAAAGUAAAUGACAUUUUUAAGUAUAAAUCUCUCUUUCCCUUUAUAAAAACAUAUUGAUGUUAAACUAUUAUUUGAAAUAUCUCUUAAUAAAACGAAGCUCUUUAAUCCCUUAAAAA